GGGGUUUGAAGGCUGCGUGUAUUAAUAUUACAGCGACGUCGACGUGGCUGGAGAGAGAAUGACAAAGAGCCGUGUGGAGAUAAAGGAAAUCGACAAGUGUAGACGUCAACUUGGGAUGUAGCGGUUGACUCGUCAUAUGCAGACACACACAGCAGGCAGGCGGGAAAAAAAGAUGCUUACUCAAUGACCAAGGCAGAAUCAGAUAUACACCAAUUCAGACCAAUAAAAGGUGUCACUUGUGUCCUCGCUCACACAGUCACAAAGGCGUGGACACGACACCGACAUCGAUGAAAAACAGCAUCAAUCAGCACAAGUCUCUCGUGACCCACUUGACCAUCAAAUCCAUCCCCUUCUUGUCCUGUCUCCCGCCCUCAAGACGGCUACUUUGCCGCCUUCCGCUUCGGCUUCGGUAUGAAGAGGCUGCCUUCCCCCCGCUUAAGCAUAGGUGGUGCGGCCUGCACCUGCAUCGGGCGAAAAGAGGGGGGCUGGGGUGGGACGGGUGGUCGGGAUGAUGAUGCAAACGCAGCAGUGGCGGGGGGCGGGUCUGGCGGUGGCGGUGGCGGUGGCUGUGGCUUUGGGCCGGGUGGUCGGCGGGGAUUGGGAGCGUCGUCCGCUAGCUUCAUCUCACGACGCUUGCUCGGUUUGGCACGGGAGGGAGGAGAGCCGGCGGUCGGCUGGGCAGCAGCUGCUGCUGGUGGAGCUGAUGCGUCUGGUGAUGCAUCUGCUCUCUUCUUCCGGUCCUGUGAGGCAGGCCGUUCCCGUGGUUGCUUGCUCGAAGGCCGCAAGCUGAUUGGGGACGGUCCUCUUGCCUUGUUGUCGUCCUUGUCAGCGUCACGCCUUCUCUUUGGGGACAGCUCCUCACCACUGUCCUUCUUGCGUUUCUUAUCGGCCUUGGCACUCCCCUUCUUCUUGUCGCCCCGGCGGCCUCGCGACCCGUCAUCGCGCUCCCUUCUUCUCGCACCAUCGGCUGACGUAUCGCCCAGUGAGAGGCGACCUAACGACUCUUGCACACCUUGCACACUUCGGUCCAGGGUGCCGAAAAAGGCGUCAAUAGACCGACGCAGCGCCCUCUCGCCAAGCAGCACAUUCCUGUCGCUGUUGUCUGCGGCGCUGGCGGCUGCGGCUGCGGGUGCAGGUGCAGGUGCGCGGUCAUCGCAUCUCCCCCUCCAAUAUCGACCAGGCUGACGCUGCGGUUGCUCUUGGUCAUCGAUCUUGAUGUAGCCCCCAUUCCCGUCGUUGAGGCCUUUUGCAUAGCGCACGAGGCGCUUCCACAGCGGGUGAGUGCUCAGGGUGGGCGCAUUGCCCACCACCCACAAGGCAUCCCGCGCCCGAGUAAUGGCAACGUUCAUCCGUCGCGUGUCCGACACAAACCCCAGCAGGUUCUGGCUGAUGCCCCUGCCGCCAUCCCUGUCGCUGCGGGGCGACCCAGUCUGGCUGAGUGUCCCGUCCCCGCUGCUGUCUUGCUGGCUCUGAGACGAUGCGGGCUGCUGCGGGGCGUGAACCGACGCACGCACACACGAGAAGAUGAUUAUUCGGGCCUCGCGGCCUUGUAUCGAGUCGAUUGUCCGAACCUCAGGCUGGCCCUCGAUGAACGACCUGUCGGCGAGUAGGCGUCUGAUGAGGACAACCUGCUGCUUGUAGGGGCACAGGACGACGAUCGACGAGAGACUGAGUGGGUGCGGGUUGUCCUCAGAGGGGUUCUGGUGGAAAUGGUUGCGGAAGAACUCCAACAACUGGCAGAUAAAGAGGGCCUCCCCGCGGUUGGACAGGGAGAGCGAGUGCUGAUUUUUGCUCUCGGGGGAAGGAAGGUCGAAGAACACGAAUGGGCGCAGAACGGGAUGGCACGCGAGGCGAGGCCGGAUGACCACAGAGUUGUCAUUGAUGAUCUGGUUCUGGUAGAAGCAGGCAGAUGGGAAGCCGGCGAUUUCCGGAGCCAUCCUGUAUUGCGUGCGCAGCAUCGACACGGGCCAGCCCCCUUCCUGCAGCCGCUGAAAAAGACUCCGGUCGUAGGAGAGACGUUUGGCCUGACAGAUACGGGCACACACACACACAAACCCAAUGGACAUACAUCGAACAGGCAGAUGGAAUGGACAGGUGUUCGUAUGCGCACCUGCUGCGACAACACGGUAGCAGGGAGCUGCUGUGGAUCGCCCAGAAGGAUCAUGCGCGUGAGGCCCAGCCGCAAUGGGAUCCUUGCAUGGGGAAGACAACAGAUGGAGAAAGUGUCCCGAGGUGUAUCGAUGGUGUGCGGAUGUUCACUCACAGUGUGGACAGCUCCACCGCUUGUGCGGCCUCGUCGACGAUCACACUGUCAAACGGGGCAAAGUCACCUGUCAGGGACACACCCAGAAGCGGACAUGGAGGAGGGUCAUCCAUGACCGAAUGCAGAGUUCCCUCUCUUGUGUCACCCACCCAGGCACUCUGUCGCCGAUCCAGAGAGGGUCGCAAAGACGAUGUCGGCGCGACGGAGGCUCUCCCGACGGCACCGCCCACGACACCCCUGCACGCGCCACUCCAACCACACAGACUGCAUCAUGUCGGCGGUGCCUCUUUUCACCCACCCACCUCGAGUUCGGAUUCCAUCUUGGCACGUAUGGCUUUCUUCUCCUUGGUGAGCUCAGCCUUCUGAUGCCGCAGUGUGUCCAGCUCCGCACUCUCGGGCAUCAGCCUGUCAAUCUCAUCCAGCUGCAUCUUGAGCUUCUCUAGCUGCUGAGCGUACUGGUCCCUCACACCCGACUGCGUGGCGCCCUCGGACUCACGCACACGGACCUCCAAGGAAUAUGAUUUCAGCUCAGGCCGGGUGAUUCGCUCUGGAUGGCCGACACGAACUAUGUUCGGGUCCCAUCGGGAUCCACCGGGGGUGAAGAGGCCAUCCCUCAGCACGCGACACGCCACCUCAUCCACUGCAGCAUUGGAUGGUGCGCACACGAGGAUCUUCAUCCUCAAAGGGGCCCGCUGUGAUGCCGAUGCCGAUGCUGCUGCUCCUGAUGCUGAAAUGGGGGAGCCGACAAUGUCCCGGGUGUCCCUAGCGUCCUGCAGGAUGAGUCUGCGUUCCGCCAGGACGGAUAGCAGCGCGAGCAGUGUGGCCGUCUUGCCCGUGCCGGGCGGUCCUUGAAGCAGCGACAAGCCGAGCUUCGACGUCACGGCCUCCUUCAUCGCCGCAGCCUGGCACAAACCACAGACACAUCAGGCAUCCAUACGCACUGACCCUGCCCACACCUCCGCGCACCUGUGACUCAUUGAGCUUAUGGUGCUUGGCCAGCUUGGGCAGCAUCUCGUUCACACGUGCCACAACGGCGCCCCCGCCCUCACUCGGAGGCAGUGGAAUGGCAGGUUGCUGGCCUCUCGUGGUAAGCUGGGAUGGCUGCAGCAGCAGGGGAAACAGGGGUGAGAACUGUGAGCAGAACAAGCUCUGGAACUCGCGGAUCGACGUCGUGAGCGAGCACACACUGUACGCCGCCCACAACGACGGCGUCCCCAUCUGUGCAGGGAGCCGAUUCUCGCUAUUCCCGCCGGCAUGUGCGAGCACUCUCAGCCUCGCAAGCGUCGGGAACUUGCCCGACUCGUCCUCAGGCUUCAUGAGCUGCUCAUCCACCCCGCCCCAGCGGUUUGUCUCGCCCUCGCGCUCCAUCUCCACCACGCCCAACAGAUAACCUUCAUCGGGGCCGUUGGGGAAGGCCGAUAGCAGCUGGCCAUGUAGGGGCCCGUUGGUGGCUGUCGGUGUGCCUUCUUGGGGCACGGGGAGUGGGAGUGCGACUGGCGCGUGCGUGUCGGACGUCUGCAUUGCGUCUAGGGGUGGGGGAGGGGGAGGGGGUGCUGGCUGGGGGAUGAGGACCACCAGGUCGGCGUUGUGGAAGGGGAGAGCUUUCAGCUUCUCCUGGAGGAACAAAUGAACGACCGAAACAGCGGUGAGUGAGCAAAAGGUCGGUACGGACUGGUGCGUGCACCCGACUGACUGACUGACCGUCUGGUCGUUGAGCGGCUGACCAGAUUGGAACCGGGCCAGGAGCCACCUGUCAGCCCUCCGACGCUCCACCACCUGACGCAUGGACGAAUGCAGACCAGAAAGAACGAUGGCGCGGCCACGGACAUUGAUUUGUGUCCACUGUAGACGACCUCCCUACCUUGAUGGGCCAUCCCUCGAGCACUCUCUCAACGGCGCUCUGAAUGAUGGAGCAGCGACACUCGUCCAACACCAGAGGGCGAAAACACCUGACGUGACGACACACAGUUGGGGCAUAGAAAUGGGCAUUCAUCUAGACGAGCAGCUGUCGACUUACUCUUGGAACUCUUCGAGGCUCGCGAACUCUCUGGGCAGCUGCUUCCUCUCACCCGACAGCGGCGUGACGGCUCUCGUGUCCCUGCCUGUGGCGGCCAGCUGGAAGAUGUCCCACUGCAGGAUGUCAGCCAACAUUCCCUCCACGCCCCUCUUGGCCAUCGCCCACGCCCUCUUCUUGUCCUCAGAACGCAAUGGCACACCUAAGGCACACAGAGGCGGGGAGAGAAGCAAUGACAGACGGACAUGGGAACCACCUGCAUGUAUCAGUCAGUACACCCACCGAGUUUGACGCUCUGCUUCUCCCUCUUCCUCUUGAUGAUGUCCGGCACACCUGUGGACCCCACUGUGAGCCGCAUCUGUUUGCCCGUGUGCUUGUCAGGCACCAUCCGGCCCUCGCCAGGCAUGGCGAACGCAGGCGGCGAUGGCGGCCGGAAAGAACGCCGGCGGAAACCCGGCAGAGAGGGAUUGAACACACGACCUGACGCCAAUGAGAAACCGAUAGAACAGACAUGGUGAUUGGUGUGAGUGCAUUUGGUCACGAGGAUGGCCUCACCCUUCGGAUAAGCGCCCCUCUGUUUGAAAUUUGCCAGUGGUCCCGCCCCUCUCCCGGAAGCCGCGGCCAUCUUCCGGCCGACCAGCUUGUUGGCCGUCUGUUUGACGCGCUUGUCGUUCUUGCUGAUCCAUCUUGAAGGCCCCGGGCCAGCAGGAGCAGGGGGUCCAGGGGGACGUGACCUGGCGCUUGAUGCCGGGACAGCCGGGGGCACGCUGGCCGCAGCAGCUGGCUUGAGGGGUCUCGGGAAGGCCACCUCACUGGUCCUAUUGACAUGGUCGUCCUCGUCCAUGAAGAGGUUGUCGUUUUUGCUGAGAUUGAGCGCGGGAAGCACCAUGUCGCCACUGCCGCUCUUGUGCUUCUUGCGGCGCCUCUCGUCAUCUCCCUUGUCGGCCGGCCGCUUCUUCUCUCGGCCUGGCGGCCGCCUGUCGUUCUCUCUCCUCUCGUCCUUUUCCUUCCUGUCGUCCUCUGCUGGUGGCCCGAUGACCUCAGUGGCUGACGAGGCAUCGUCUUGGCCUCUCUGCAGGAGCCUCCGUAGGUCCUGUGGCAGUGGGGAGGGCAGCAGCGUCUCGUCCGUGUAGAUGGCCUUGAUGGCCUCACGCAGACGCGAUGAGGCCGCCCGUGCGGACAGCAGGUGGCUUGUGGCGGGGCCGACGUGGGCGUCCAGAGCGUCGAUCCACUCCAUGAGGGGGCCAACCCACUCCAUUGGCUGGUCCCUGAGGUGCUCCAUGUGGUGCCUCCGCAGGGACAGGGACAGCUCGCCCUUGUCCACCACUCCCUCUCCCUCCCCCUCGCCGUCCUGCUCGUCAUCGUCCCCCGUCAGGUCAACCAUGGCCUGCCGCAGGUCGGACUCGUCGUCGGGGGAUGGUGACGGCUGCGGCAGGCCGCUGACGGCGACAGAGGUCCACGUGAAGAAGUCGGCCAGGAAGGGGAAGACAAUAGCGAAGAGGGCAUCGAUGGAGAGAGAGGGGGGAGGGGCGGCGGCCAUCUGCCGGACGGAGUAGGUCCACCACUCGUGGGGGUGGUGCUUUAGGGGUGUGGUGUUGUGAGAUGCGGGGCCGAGGAUGUGCGGCAGGAACGACCAAAUGAGAUCGACCAAACCCAAUAGCGUGCCCACCUGGCGAACAGCAACCAUGUAGUAUGCAGACAGAAGAUAUCUGUCUGUCUGUCUGUCUGUCUUCCUCCUUUUCUCCGUACCUCUUCUCGCGCCCGUGCGGGGUCACCAUCCUGGCCCCUCUUGAUUGCCGGCAGCCACCCAAUCACCUUGCUCGCCCACCACAGCAACCUCGACAGCCGGACGGGCGGCCACAUCGCCACGUGCACGCACUUGUUCGUCUCGCUAGCGGCCCUUUUGAGGCUGUCCUCGAGGGUGGCCUGCCUCAAUUGACCACCGCUGCCGCCAAACGAAGGCCAGGCGGCCGGCACAUUGCCGGACGCUAUCAACCGGCUCCAGAGGUCCCUUUCAGUAGCCAUGGUGUCGAGGGUAUGAAUGGCGUGCUCGCAGAAGCCAACCAGGAAGGACAACCGCUCGGCGGGGUGACAUAGCAGUGGCUGACAGAUGUCAGGGAUGGGUGACACACAAGAGGAGCAGGUGCAUGGGCUGUAACUGACCCGCCCACCGACCCACCGACCUGCAGCUGAGCGGCGUGAAGGCGAUCGGUCUCGUCGCCGCAUGUCCAUGCCUGCCUCCCAGCCAGCACGAUGACCUCGUCGCCAUUCGCCGCUUCACUGCUCCCCUUGGCCUGGCUGAGGGGCACCAGCAGCUUCAGCACGUGUGUGGUGUAUGAGGUGGUGCCGCUGAUCAGCAAACUGGCUAAUGACUCGAGAGCCGACUCGAAGAAACGCUCCUGACGACGGCAAGAAAGGGAAGGCUCCACACCUGUUUUCGGUCAUGCCUGCUGCCUUGCCUUGCCUUGCUUUACUCACGCACACGCGCACCGGGAGGUAUUUCUCGCGGUGCUGCUGCAGAGCGACGACCUCCCGAGGCAGCACCGGCGGCACACCUGAGGUGGGAGUCAACACAUAGACACGGCGCUGCAUGUCCGUGUGUCGAUCGCACCGGCUCCCUCGUCCGUCUGCACGUCAAUCACCGCCCCAGGCGCCGCAUAUUUGCGCAGCCGCUCCACGAGCGCCCUCACCAUCAGGUCGACAGCCCGGUCCAGCACCGACAGCAGGGCCUGCGUCUCGGAUGGCAUGCCAGUGAGGUUGGAGAGCGGGACCCGCUGAAUGAAUGCUGGGACGAGCGACCAGAGGGAGGUCAUGAGACCGCCCUCCUCCCACUCCUGGGGAUUGGCGUGAGACGCCUUGAGGGCCACGGGGAGCAGAUGGAGCAGCGGUGACAGACCUGAUAUGCCGAUGAAGCAUACAGGCAGGACGCUUCAUAAGGGAAGGGUCUGUUGCUCUGCCCACCCUCCCGGCCACCCACCUUCGUUUGGUCUGCCCUGAUGUACCCACCCAUCCGGAAUCCCCUGCCUCGCAUCGCCGCCACCACUGCCACUGCUGCGAGCCCCCGCACUCGCCGACGGCCGGUCAUCCCCCAGGGCAACAAAGCCGUUGGAGCGAUGAACCGCCUGCUGGAAGGCUCUGGAUGCCGCAUAGAAGAGGGACGUGACGGCCGUCGCCCGCAGCUGACACACCGAGUCGCCCCACACAUCACGACGCAACGUCAGGGGCGGCAGCGACUCGCUCUGGCCCUCAGACGCCUCCAUCCCGCAGCACUGGCAGCCGGCCAACCCCGCGUGGCACACGCACACCAAGUUGGGCCGGUCACCUGGGUCAGUGGCCACCGCUGACGUGAUGACCCGCUCCAGCGGAGGAAGGAUCGUGCGCAGAUGGACGAGCAGCAUGGGUUCAGGUUGGGGGCUUGGCGCGUAGAUGUCGACCUCGGAGAUUCUGUCACGGUGUGCGAUGAGAGUGAGGAAGAGCACCUGGGAGAAAGUCGUGAGCGCUUGGUGGUGGGAGAGGGGGGAGGGGGAGUCCAGGUCGAUGACGGCCGAUGCCGAAGAGGAGGGGGACAUGACGGACGAGCUGAGAGAAGCAACAUGGUCCAUGAGCUUGACGGACCGCGCAACAAUGAGGGCGAAUAGCUGCUGUGGCUGAGAGAGGCUGGAGAGGCUCUCGGCCCAGUAUACCAGCAACUGACGGACAGACGGACGGACACAAAGGGGGCAUCCAUGAGUCUGUGGCAUUCUCUCUCACUGGCUGACCUGCAUGCCCUCGAUCGCCGCCCGCGCUACCGUCUGCCAGACGACCAGUUCAUAUGACGGCCCACCCGGGCCUGCUGCCGCUGAGUAGAGGCCCUGCCCUCCCUUCAUCAGCGCCACAUGGGCGAUCGUCAGGGAGGCAUCCACAGCGUCACAUAUCAUCGACAAGACCUGUACGGAGGACGAUCAGAGAGAACACAACAGAGGAUGGAGUGGGGGAGCCUCUGUUGGUUGGUGCAUCCAUGGCGAUCCUACUUUCUCCACAGGUCCCCCUAGCUCGUCGGCACCCUUCCUGGUGACCUCGGCUGCCAUUCUUUCCAUCUGCUUCAGCCACCCGUCCCCCCCGCCCGCCUCAUCCACAUGAUGCCCAUCCAUGGCGGCAGCGCCCCGCCUAGCCUCCUCCUGCAGAGCCCGGAAGGCGUGAAGCAUCGCGGCCGCCAGGGCGACUGUCUCGCGGGGCACCGACGCACCCAAACCGCCCUCCCUCUCCGCCCAUGACGCGCCCAGCCGCAGAAGGUUUUGAGUGGCGCUCAGAUACCACUGAGUGACGCCGAUGAACGGUCUCGACAGCGUCGCGCCGCUCUCCUGCUGCUCCCCUUGGUGCGUCAGGCCGAUAUGACCGAGCAGCCCCAGCUCAGAGAGAGAGCUGACGGCGCGCCACCCUCUGCACUGGUCGAUGGCUCGUGCCAGCGAUGGCUGGGGGGGAGUCGUCUGGGGGAGGGUCGUCACAAGGCCACGCUGCAGAGUCACCAGAGCUUCGUAUGCAUUGGCGGCGAUGCUGGCGAGCAGCCGUGGGUCUCGAUCGCCAUAGUCGAUGGCUCUGUCGAUUCCCUCAUAGGCGAUGCGGCGGACAGAGGGGGACGGGUGGCACAGCAGGGAGAACCAACACGACUGGAAGAAGCUGUGGGCGCCAGACAGAGGAGCCGUCAUCAUCAGCAGCUCGUCCUCAUUCUCGGCCCCAUUGGCCGCGACGUCACGCUCGGCGGGCGCCUUCGCGAACAUCUCCGCAACGGCGGUAAUGACAUCGUCCUUCUCCUGUUGCCACAGCGGCAUGACUUGCCCUUGGCACAGAUAGUAGUCGCCAUAGCAGCAAGCCUCAAACACAGCCGACUCAAAGGCUGGGUUGCCUGCCCCGAGCCGCAGAGCGUUCUCCACUCUCUCCACAUCCCACCGCCGCAGCUCCGCCAUCCUCUCCCUGACGUCCUGCUCGUCCUCGAAGUGCUGCGUCAGCGCCCUCUCUAGCUGACGCCGGUGGUAGUGGUAUGCUAUGACGCAAUCCCUGCAGCCGGGGAAGGUCUCGAUGGCGAACCGAUUGUAUACCCCCCGCACGUUGGUUCGCAGGAAGACACAGAAGAUGAAGCGGGCGGCGUCGUGACUGUGCGAGGUGUCACAGAAGGGGUGGGCAGCCGAUCCAAGAGCCCUCAGUGACUCGUCGAGAGCAGUCAGCGGCCUCCCCUUCUCGGCAUCCUCGAGUAGCCUCUCCAGCCCUCCGUCAUCGAAGUCCAGUAGCCGGCAGAGGACAGAGCCAUCGGGGAGGGCUGCAUCAGUACCGUUGCCGACCCGCCCCUUGUUGAAACUCGCCGAAAUGUGCUGCAUCUCUGGCCGGCGGCUGCUGUCGUCACGUUGUCGCUGCAGGUCGCAUGAAAUGGUCGCUACGUGCCGCUUGGACUCCGAUGUCCGCCGUCAUGGUGACAAUGUGGACGGAUCUGCGUCACUUCCACUCCAUCUAUCGCGUGUAGAACAGCGGCUGUCAGAUUAUCACCGUCAGGAUCCUCCAAGGAAGACUGUCGAAGCAGACAG